GCCAAGUUGUUGUUCUUGGCCAAGUUGGUGUUGUAGCAAGCAACAGGUGACAUACAGAAUUCCAGCUCUUCUCUAUAUCAGUGAAAAUAAAACCUACCUUGCCUUUGCUGAAAAAACGGAAAACACCAAGUGACACAGAUGCAGACAAGCUGGUGAUGAGAAGAGGAUGGAAGGAAGACAAGAAAAACAUAAAGUGGGACAGUGGGCAUCAGGUGCUCUCUUCAGCUUGUCUACCAAACCACCGCAGCAUGAAUCCAUGUCCAGUCUAUGAGAGAGAAUCUAAGACCAUCUUUCUGUUUUUCAUUUGUGUUCCUUAUGGGGUCUCUGAAGCUAGUCAAAUUGAAGCAAAAAAGAACCAGGCACGGCUUUGUUACAUAACCAGUCAGGAUAACGGCAAUAUCUGGAGUGAUAUUACAGAACUGAAAGAUGUGAUCAGUGAACAUGAGAAAAACUGGGCCACCUUUGCUGUUGGACCAGGACAUGGUAUUCAAAUGAAGGACGGAAGACUGAUUAUCCCAGCACAUGCUUAUCGGUACACAGGCAAACCUGAUUGCACAUCAUGUUGUUGCUUAUCGUUUUGCUGUUUCACUCCUUAUGCCUUAGCAUUCUACAGUGAUGAUCAAGGAAUCACAUGGAAGGUGGGGAACCAAAUGGAUGUUGAGUCGUGUGAGUGUCAGAUGGCUGAGAUCAUUGACGAGAACGGUAUGAGUACUCUGUACUGCAAUGCCCGAACCAGCCUUGGCUACAGAACAGAGGCGCUGAGCAACAACUCUGGAGAGAAUUUUAGCACAGUUUUAUUCCCAAGCAAGCUGAUAGAGACCGGAAAGGGAUGCCAAGGGAGUGUGUUGAGUUUUCUAGAACAGAGUAGUCCUCCAAAGACAUGGUUGCUCUAUUCUCAUCCAUUCAAUCCAAAAAACAGAGUAGAUCUUGGUCUCUACUUGAAUAAAACCCCAGUGGAUUCCUCAGGGUGGCCAGAUGCACCUAUAAUGAAAUUGCAUCAGGGUCCCAGUGGGUAUGCAGAUCUGGUAGAGCAUGAACCUGGACGCUUUGCUUGUCUCAUGGAGUGUGGAAAUGAACAUGAGAAUGAAGAAAUAGCCUUUUUGCUGUUCGAACUCCCUGUGAAAAAGCUGUAAAAGUGUUCAUUUUAUAGUAGUGGUAGUACCUGCAAAUGAAUACAAUACAUCUAAUCACAACAAAUCCAUAUUUUCUCUGUUUUUGUAGCUGAAAACUGCUUCUAUAAAUACUGAUUUGGAAAAUGGGAUUUAUAUGGAACCAAACAAAUGCAUUAUAUAUACACAUAAUUAGAAUAAUAGUCAUUAUCAGAUAUUUAUAAGUUAUAAGUAUAUAAUUAUUGAACAGAUCUAACGAUUACACAUUCAAUUUAUA